AUGCACCUCACCACCAUAACAGCAGCAUUAUCCCUCCUCGCCCUUACAGCUGCCGAGAGUAUCUGCUCCCCCGGCUCGGUCGGCGUCGGUAUCGCACCGAGCACUGCAACGGAUACAUACUCCAUCAUCGCUGACAGCAACUGCGGGGUUGUCGACACCCGCCUCGGACACGGCGAGCUCUGUGGUGUGUACAACGCUGGGUCGGAGGUUACUUGUGUGGACCCGAACACCGUAUCCGGAGUUACUGCUUCGGGGGCGAAGUAUGGGAAUUGUGUCCAGGUUAGUGAUCAGUCGUCGAAAACCGAAGCUAUAUACUAA